AGGCGCGCGCGGGGCUGCUGGUGGGGCGGGGCCAGUGCGGAGUGACAGGCGCGCGCGGAGCUGCUGUAGAUGAGCAUUAUAAGCGGAAUGGCGGCUCUCUGAGGGAAACACGGAGCUUUAAUGAAAAUAAAGGGCAGAUUUUCGGGACUCGUGGUCUAGUGACAGAUUGGAAAUGCAGUGGACAUAAAGAUCAGUUUAAAAGAUGUCUGCGCCAGAUGAAAGCGGAGGUAGAAAACCUCAGAAGAGCGGAGACAAGAAUCAAAAAAAGCCCACAGCCGAGGCAGUGAAAGGAGCCAUUCAGCUGGGGAUUGCCUACACCGUGGGGAACCUGACCUCCAAACCAGACCGAGAUGUUCUCAUGCAGGACUUUUAUGUGGUGGAGAGCGUCUUUUUCCCCAGUGAAGGCAGUAACCUGACCCCAGGACAUCACUACCCAGACUUCCGCUUUAAAAUCUACGCUCCUCUCGCCUUCCGCUAUUUCAGAGAACUGUUUGGUAUCAAACCCGAUGACUAUCUGUAUUCCAUGUGUAAUGAGCCCCUGAUCGAGCUGUCGAACCCGGGGGCGAGCAGCUCGUGGUUUUACGUAACUAGUGAUGACGAGUUUAUCAUCAAAACGGUGCAGCACAAAGAGGCGGAGUUUCUGCAGAAGCUGCUUCCUGGUUAUUACAUGAACCUGAACCAGAACCCGAGGACGCUGCUACCUAAGUUUUAUGGUCUUUACUGUGUUCAGUGUGGAGGAGUGAAUAUUAGGCUGGUGGUGAUGAAUAACGUUCUGCCUCGCUCUGUAAACAUGCACUACAAAUACGACCUGAAGGGUUCCACGUACAAACGCAGAGCCUCACGUAAAGAACGCGCCAAGUCCUCACCCACCUUCAAAGACCUGGACUUCCAGGACAUGCACUCGGACGGGCUUUACUUUGACACAGACACGUACAACGCACUGAUGAAGACGCUACAGCGAGACUGUCGGGUGCUGGAGAGUUUUAAGAUCAUGGACUACAGCCUGCUGUUGGGAAUCCACGUGCUGGACAUACGGCUGAGGGACAGAGGGGGACGAGGAGACAGCAAGCGACAGGGAGGACAGAAAGUGCUUUACUCCACGGCUCUCGAGUCCAUCCAAGGAGGAGGCAUAGCUGUGGAGCCACGCCCGAACCCCAAUGAUGACGACACAAUGGGUGGAAUUCCUGCGAAACACAAAGACGAGAAGCUGCUCAUCUUUUUGGGAAUCAUCGACAUCCUGCAGUCGUACAGGUUUAUUAAGAAGGUGGAACACUCAUGGAAGGCUCUUGUACAUGAUGGUGACACAGUGUCGGUCCACAGGCCGAGUUUCUACGCUGAAAGGUUUUUAAAGUUUAUGGGAGGAACGGUGUUUAAGAAGAUUAAUUCUCUGCGAGGUGCUUCCUCUCGAAGGAAACGAAACUCAGUCCAGCCAGUGAGAUCUGCAUCACAUGAAGCCCUGUCUCCGAUUAAAGAGGAGAGAACUGAGGAGAGAAAAGCACAGAGUCUGGAGAACCUCGAUGAUAACGAUUUGGGUUUGUUUGUGAAACCUGACAUCAUCCCAAGCUCCACGGAUCUGCACGCCGCUGUUUCAGCCGCAACCGUGAACUCCAUCUCCUCCUCAGAUGAUCUCAAUAAAUUCACGGAGGACGACGGCAUCAGCAGAGGUGAUUGUGGGAAUUCCAGCUCCACACUGGCUCUGGAUGACUCGACGUUCCGGUCUGAUUCCUCACACAGCAGCACGUCAGAUUCAGUGCUGGAUGUUUAUCUGAAACAUUAACUCUGGCGUCUGAUUGUUUGUGUUCCAGUGACGUGGGAAGUUCUCUUGCUGCCGUCUGAAACACGAUGCGUCUUCACAGCGAGUGACCUGCUGACGCUUCAUAUCACACUCAGAAAUUCAGCUCAAACUCAACUCCACUUUAUUAUUAUUAUUAUUAUUAUUAUUAUUAUUAUUAUUAUUGUGUUAAAUCCAUGUACCUGUUCUGCUAAUCUGAUCAGAUGCACAUGUUGUGGUAUUUUGGUGUUAUUUCUGAGAGAUGUAUUUUUAACACUCGGACGUUCCGCCUUGUUUUCAGACGGCUGCGAGGAUCAACUUCCUCAGGGUCAAAUAAUUUUACAUUAAAUUAAAAGCUGAAAGGAAAAAUAAUCAAAUUGGCACUACACAAAAACCAAUCCAAAACUCUUCAUGAAUUAUUAGUAUUAAAAAAAUCCCCGAUCUGAUGUUUUCAUUAGAAUAUUUUCUUAAACCACAUUUAAAGUGAUUUUAUUACAGAUGUGUGUGUAAUAUAUUGUAAAAGGUUCUGUAUUUAUAUAAAUCUGUUUAAUAGAAAUUGUACUAUUAAACACUGUCUGUUUACCAA